AUGUCGGCUUCUUUGGUGUUUGUCAGGCAGGCAGGCGCUGUUGAGGAGUUGAAGGCGCUAGCGGUGGGGAGCGGUUCUAUCCUGACUUUGAGUGAGGGUCGCAUCAAUGGUGCGUACGAUGUCACGGACAACAACGAAGAGUUGAAAGCCUACCUCAAAAAGAUGACCAUUGACAACAUCAAACUCACCAUGACCAACUUGGGGUGUAGGCUUACAGCCACAGGACGGGGUGGUCGCUCUGUUCGCAUGACAAAGGACAACUAUGUUGAUGCUUUGAUGGAGCACUGGGAGACGAUUAAGCAAAGGGCUUCUUCGAGGGCUUCAGCUUCAACCAGUUUGACCACUCCUUUGGCUACAUCUUCGCUUGACACGGAGAAUGACAGCACGAAGGUGGAUCAGGAGAAGAUCAAGGAGGAUGGGCUGCGAACUAUCGCCUACGAGGAAAAUGAGAAGGACAGCGAGAAGGACAGCGAGAAGGACAGCGAGAAUGACAGCGAGAAGGACUUGGAUAGUCAGUCAUCUUCAUCAAAUGAGACUGAGAAUGAGAUGUUCAUCGCUGACUUGCUUGGUAUUACCAAUGGCGACUACGAGGAGGACACUGACAAUGAGGUCUUGUUGAUUGACACAGACUACCUUCGCGAUGCUUCAGACUUCGAUCCUGUCACCAUCAAGGUUGCUGAGUUCAAAGGAAGCGUUCUUUUCAACACCAAAGCCUUUCUGAUGGACACCACUGAGCGACUGAAGGAGAACGUCCUUGACAUCAUCCAUGGCAAGGCACGCACGGACGCCGGGAAGUGCUUGGGUUUGACUGACUUUGACCUUUGCUUUGGCCAGCAGACUAUGGACACCGUGAAGAUCUUGAGCGACUACUUUGACAAGACGGAAGAGACCUUCACGGUGUGUUUGAUUUUGAAGUUGAAGGGCGGCGGUCGGUCCUACAAGCCUAUCAAGAAGGACACCAAGAACAGCAAAACCAAGGGCUACAAGGAGGAGUUCACGAAGGCGAGUGCCUCUGUCAAUCGCCAAGUCCUUUCACCACUUGCUUUUGUGGUAGAUGUGGAGCGCUCACUUCAAGCCUUUGCCACGGCAGUUGAGACCAAUGCCGAGGAUGCUCUCAUCAAGACCAUGAUUUCUUCCUUCACGGUUUCCGAGUUGGAUGAGAUGAAGGUUGAUGUGUCCAAGAAGGGUGGCUCUUCAGAGGGAAAGAUCGUGAAGUAUGCGGAACGCAUGUUUGGUCUUCAGUCCGUGGUUGAAGCCACUCACAGUUUGGAGUGCAUCAUCCAGUCUUCGGAGAACCUGCUGAUGUUGGCGGUUGGCACGGCUUCGGGUGAUGGGUCUGAUAUUGCAACCUUCAAGGAAGUGAUUGAGAGGGCACGUUUCAUGAAAAUGGGACAGGAAAGUGUGUCCCUUCGCCAGCAGCGCGACGCUGAGAUGUGA